AUGUCCACCAUUGAAGCUGUAUUAUAUCGAACCGAUGAGAUGGUGCUGUUCCGAAGCCACUACAGCCUACAAAAGACACUUCAACCCUACACAUCUUAGUGGACUGGCAACUUCGACCUACUUGGAAUCGUCAUGCGCUUUUGCGGGCUGGAUUUUCCGCGGACUGGCUGCAUGACGGAGAAAGAAGAAGCUGAAGUGAAUGCUCCGUGGGAGCGAGGAGAGAAUUCCCAUCGAGGAGAGUAUCCCCACCAUCAAUCCAUUACAGAGCUGCAACCUUUCCUUAACAGCUGUUGA